AUGGCUGCCGCAAGAAGUUUGGACAAUGUUACUAGUAACUCUAACCAAAAAGAUCAGCCUGCUGUGUUGCUGGUCAUUGAUAAGUACAGUGCAUCUAAACGUGAAGCCUCCUCCCUCGACCAACAAUUGGCAAAAACACUCCAGGAACAUGUACCAGACAUACCUGUGUUCUGUACGGUUUUACAAGCAACAGAAGAGGACAAACUUAACGCACAACAAGAUGGAGUGGAACUGUUACUGCCUAAACUUGACCCAGAUGACCCAAGAACCGAUCCAACACUAGACUGGCUGACCUUUGACCACAACCUCAAAUACCCGCACCUUCCACAAAAGGUUACGAGUAUUGUGGGUCAUACUGAUGUUACAAGUAGGGCAUCAGUGAAGAUUAAAAAAGAACGAUGCCCACAUGCAAACAUCAUCCUCUUCACUGAGGAUAUACCGGAAGACACCGAGUACUACAAGGGAGAUGAGAAGGCCAUGGGCAUUGGGAAGAAGGAAGACUCCAUCCUUGAAGAUGCACAAGAGGCUGAUGUGGUCUUCUCUCUUGGAAACAAGAUAUUUGAUCACUUUGAGAACCAGUUCAGAGCUAUACCUGCCCCCAAGAGGCCUCGGCAUGUCAAGUUUGUUCCAAGACCUUCCAAGAUCUUUGAAGAUGCACAGGUUGAAUACAAGGUCACAGAGACAAUGGUGGUCCUGUCCGUCGGUAGGGUGAAGGGUGUGGAGAAGCUGAAGGGAUAUGACCUUGCUGCUGAUACCCUGAGCAUUGUUGCAGAGAAGAUCAAAAUCAAGUGGCAUGUCAUAGGAUUCAAUAAAGAUGACUUUAAAGCCACCAAGGCCAUCCUGGAGCACUGUAAGUCAGUAAACUUACAGGUAACCUUCCUCCCCUAUGGCACACAGAAGGACAUCUGUAAAGAGAUGAUGAAGGCCCACCUGGUCCUGAUGCCUUCUCGUGCUGAACCGUUUGGACUGGUCGGCCUGGAGGCCAUCGCAGCAGGCGUUCCUGUUCUUGUAUCCAGCAAGUCUGGACUAGCAGACUUCAUCCAUGAACAUGUAGAUGAACUGCAUCAUUCCAUUGUUGACAUGGAUGGAAGUGAUGAACGUGCCACUGUCAAACUCUUGGCUCAGAGCACUGAAAGAAUGCUGAAACACAACAGAGCAGAGUUCAAAACAGCAGCAAGAGGCAAGCAGCAACUUCUGUCCACAAAGUACUGGGAAGAAUUCCAUCUGGAGUUCAUCAGAGCCUGUACUAAUACAGGUAAAGCUGAAGAACAGCCUGUUGCAGUCCAGGACCAAAGUGCUGUUCAAAGUCAGGAGACAGAGGAAGGUUCUAAUGCCCAUCAGCCUGCACAAGUUCAGAAGAGGAAGAGAGAUGCAAGUCCUACAGAGGAGAAAACUACUGUCAGGAAAGCUUUGAAACUUGGUAAUGAUGCACAACAGCCUCUAAAAGUCCUGGAGAAGAGGAAGAAAGAUAUCAGAAAGUAG